UGCUAGAAAUUUACUGCAGACAUUUUUGCAGGACGUUGGAGGGUUAUAUUUACCCAAAACUUAUUUUCAAAUGGGCCCCGUCGCCUAGCGUUUACUCCCCGAGCCUCGCCGAUUAAGUUGGGUGCUAUUAAACAUCAGCACGUCUGGGUAAAAAAAAGGGUUUCCAUCUCACUCAAGAUUUAACAAGCUCGAAAGAAUGGCAGCGAUCAACGCUGGCGGUUCUCUUGUUGCUACCCAUGACUACUAUCGAAGGCGUAUUGGCUCCACGUCCAGCAGUAGCAGCUCCUGUGGUAGUUCCGAAUUCAGUGGAGAGGUCAUUCCACACCAUCCAGGUCUGCCCAAACAAGACGCCGGGCACUGGUGGUCCAGUUUCUUCUUCGGGAAGCCGAACCAGCCGGGAAUGACCACUCUGACUGAGGAGGCCCAGCAGAAGGCGGCAGCUGUGGCUCUUACCAACGGCCAGGUGACCUGCGUUGCCAGGGAGAUGGUGAUGAAGAGGCAGGUCGCCGACGGUAGCAGCUCCGAGCCGGGGAGUCAAACCCCCUCCUGAGUGGGGGACCAACGCUAGGAGACGGCGGCAGCGUCCCUCCCACCCCCCCCACCCCACCUGUCCUGACCUCCACGCUAGCCCACUAUGUGGCGUGCAUGCUCGUCAUAUUGCUCCAUGCUAGGUAGUGUGCUAGCGUAGAUCUUGGGACGGAUAUCCCCUUCUCCUUAAAACCUUGUCCCAAAUGGCACCCUAUUCCCUGAUGUAGGCCAGUAUUUCUGACCUGGGCCCAUAGUGGCAUGAUCACUGUAGGGUGCAAUUUGGGAUAUUGACACUAGUGCCCUAGGCAGCGUUCAGGGCCUUUACGCCGCCAUGUGUUCCCCAACAGGCUGGUGUGGAGGCUGGGGCGGGGCUGGUUCGGUUUGUCUUAAUAUAACAGGCUGCCAAUGAAUGUUGUGUUUUUGGAUCUUGUGUUUUUUUUAUAUCUGACCAAAAUUUAAAUUGUUUUUAUUUACAUUUAAGCACUUGUUUGUAACAUCAUGGUGCAUAUACAACUUUUGUUAAAACUUUUCCACUUUGUCACCCUGUGAUUGCAGAUGUUCAAUAAAAUUAGCCUCACACAGCC